AUGUUGUUGUGGUUGAUUAAAUUUAAUGGGGGUUGCAAAGACACGUACGUAGUUGGUGGCAUUAGUAAUGCUGAGUAUCGUGUUGCAGGGUGCGUAUUUAAUGGAUGCUACAAGAAUACAAUCGUUGUUGGGUUAAUGAGCGAAGCAAAGACAGGAAUGGGAAUGGGAGACAGAAAAGAAGACGUACAACGAGGUGAUAUUUCUCUUGCCGUUACCCGCUGUUUUUCUGCGCGCGAAACAACAGGCUGUCUUGCUUGUCCUUCCAUAUAA